GAAUAAAGACCGCCAGAGUCGUUUAAUGCGGUCUGGUUUGCCUUUCUCGUCGUAGGCGUUGUCGUGGUUAGUUCCAGCUUAUUUCAAAUCUUUAGAAUACUAGAUUUUAUUUCUUAAUUCCUCGUUGUUUAUACAACGUAUUCUUUAGGUUUGUUCGAGUAUGUUCGUAUGUUUGUAAGCUAGGUUAUGAAACUACUUGUUAUCUUUUACAAAUGUUAUAUUUUGUGUCUAAGUUCGCUUGUUCAUAAUGGAAAACUCGUUCUCGUUAUGCUGAAAGUCAGAGCUUCGGAAGCGUGUUUCGUGAUGUUUUUUUUUCUGUUAUUGAUCAAGGUAUUUUUGUUGCUGUAGGUUGUUAAGUGUAUGUCAUAGGGUAUGAAGAUUAACCUUUACGUAUAAUUCAUGUCUCAUAAGACGGUUUAAAAUUCCUUACAUUUUGAUCACUGACAUCGAGAUAAGUGUCUGUAUUCUUAUAAUUCAUUGGUCAAAAUGUAAUUGUGUGUUCACACUAAUUAUAACAAACUUGUCAUAAUAUUUAGCCACUUCGGUAGCAAAACUAGUGAGCGGUUUGUUAAAGUAGUAAGAUCUGGUGUACUCGGCCAAGUCUGGGAAGUUAGUAUUAAAUUUAGGACUGUUGAUAAUGCAGAUGAACUUAACGCCAUUACCAUCAGCAUUUUUACUGCUCUAGUUAUGAAAAAACGGAAAUUUCGGUUUCGUUAAUACUUAGAUCGCGGUUUAUUUUCGUAAUUCAGUCAGAACGUUGAGUAAAUAUGAAAUGAGAUUGUUCUUCGAAUGGAUAAAAUAGCAAAAUAUUGUACCCUAUUGAGUAGUUUUUAGUGGGUACUUUUAAAUACCUUGGGAUGACACUAGUUGUGUAAGAGUUCUUACAACUCAUAGUCUUAUUACAUAUGGUAUUGCUAAAGUCAGGUUUCAUGACAAUGAAAGAUCUGUCACUUAACAUCUUGUACUAUUAAUAUAUUAGUUUCUAUUUUGUUUCUUUUUUAGUAUUGUACUUCUAAUUGUAAUCUGAAUAAAUUGAAAACUGUGUGAAGACGAUGCAAAUUGUGUGGUAGUAUUCAAGAUAUUGUAAACGAACUGAUAGAUUUAUUUCUUGAAUGUUUUCACAAUCUUUUUACUGUUAGUAUCAUGAAAUUCUAGCUUCUCUCAUUUAUUCGUAAUAUAGAGCUUGGUUCCAAUGUCCACAUGCUUGUUCUGUUAUAACAAGAUGGAGAGGAUAUAGGUUGAAGUCGUGGAAAAAUCAAUAGUGGUAGAAAUGACUACAAAUAGAUGUUAGGAUUCCGGAAAGUAAAUUACGUACACAGUUUUAAGUUUGUGAAGUAAUGUUGAAAAUCAAGAUUUAGAUAAAAAAUAAAAUCGGAUUCGUCUCUAUUGUUGUGUCUGGCUGUGAACCAUCUUACUCAAGGUAUUUGACUAUUCACUAUAACUAUCUUGUGAAUCCCAACCAGGUAGUUUGUAAAUUCUCAUAUAACUGUCCGGCUGCCAGUGUCUUCGAAAGUGAAGGAUUUCAUAUUAGUUCGGUUAUCUGUAGUCUUUUAACCUACCCCUAAACUAGUCGCUAUUGAGGCCCUAGGUACACUGUAAUCUGGCUUGAGUAAAAUAUUUUACAGUCACCUGAAUUGAACACAAUUUUACAGCCUUUAUAAUCAGUUUGUGAGAUUUACCUAGUACCAUACAUCUAAUGCCAUCCUUGUUAAAUCAGGAUACAUGAACCAUGCUUCAAAAACGUUGGUCAAAUUCUUGUAGCUCAUAUGUUUUCUGUCCCUUUAAAGACUAUCUUCCAUAUGCACUAAGUGAAAUGAUGGACUGCACACAAUAAGAUCGUCACUUAAUAGAUUGGUAAUUUGAGCACAUCACAAUUGGUGCAGUUAGCAAAGUCAAACGAUCGUGCUUAGACGGUCUUGGUAUGUCUAUCGACUGCAAAUGAGUCACCUCGGAAACCAUUCAUUUUCUGUCUUCACAUGCUAAGUAAAAUCACUUACUAUAUCAACUCUUCUGGUAUACAUAAUCUCACAUAAAGUUAGACUCAAGUCUGGUUUAUUGUCAUCGAAAUAAUAGUUAAGGGCUGAUCUUUGUAAUAAUUCGCUACUGCAUAAAAAAGCUAAUUUGCAUAAGCGUUACAUGCAAAUGAUUAAUUAUAAACGACGUAGAACUUGGAAAAGGUUUUUAUCAGUCGUUAUCGGGGAGAGUUUUACUUUGAUACGAAUGUACGUUGGUUUUUAAAACAAUAAUUUGAGUGCUAUUUACCCAGUGCGUUCGAUUGAUAAUCACUAGCAAAAUAUAGUUAGUGACUUAACUCUGCUAAAUAAACUGAUCAAAUGAUACCACAGAGAGAUAUGAAAACAAACACGUCAGUUACGGCAUAAGCAAUCAUAGAAUAUAGACUUUUCACAUCGUUCACUGGUCAGUUAAAUUAUGAUUCGACUAUAAGAUCUAAUUUUUUCCACCACAACAGGCUUGUUACCUUACUUUAAUUCGGAACAUAAAUAGUAAAUUACCAAAAGAGGGAUCUUAAGAGUUAAAAUGUUUUUGAAGAAACAAAGGAUAAAAUGAAGUUUGAAUACAAAGUAUAGCAUUGUAUAUCACUGACGUGAAGGUCAAACAAGUGCAUUUAAAAUUUUGUAAUAUAUUUGAUUAAAAUCAUUGAAUGGCGAAUUUUCACCUCUUACACCUUUUCUGUCGAUCAUUGUUUAUUUUAUACUGUUCUGUUUCAGUCUUCCCGUCUUUUACGUCAUAUAUUUUACAGGAUAAAACAACACUGUACAUUAAAUGCAAUUUAGUACACUUUCUUCGGUUAGUUAGCUGAAAUUAAUCGAACAGAUGUAUUAAAAUAUACUGACAGUGAACUAACUGGAACCAUUGUGUAAAGACGUUUUCUGCUCCGAAAGCGUCACUUUCACGAAAGACUCAUUGCAAACUGAAAGUGAAAAUCAACUCUAACGGAUUUUAUUGAUUAACUGAAAGUAUGGAUGCUUAAGAACUACGACGUCACUUUAUGCCAUAUUACAGUAGUCAACAAUGGAUUUUCGCGAGUUGAACAAAAUCAAGAAAGAAAAUAAAAAGAAGCCCAUACUUGUAAUCAAAGAUCGAAAAACUGUUCUAUCGGCUUUGGAUAUUCAAAAGUUGUUAGGCUUGACGAUUUUCCCUCAGCAUUUCGUUAAGUGGCCUGACUGGUGUUCAGUCACUAAGCCCUCGUUUAUCAAGAAUAUCGUUCUGAUAUUUAUUAACAGAGUAAGUAAUCUGAAGUCGAACGAAAAAUACGGGAAACAAUUUGCUCUGAUGUUUGGGGAGCCACUGAAAGUAUUAAAUCCAGAAGCCUAUAAUUAUUCAUGGGACAGAGAAAUUUCUACUGUCCCCAGAAGUUUCCUCACAACUCACGCAGCAGCUAUGGCGGAUUUAAAUAAGUCAAUACUAACUCCUGUUACCCGUCGCACGUGGGUAAAUGAUGAAAACACUAUUGAUAAAAUGCGUAUAAUCAAAUCAGUUCACGAAAUAACUAAAGAACAGUUACCUUCCCAGACUACUACUACAACUGCUAAUGAACCAGUAGAAAAACGCACUCUUAAAAGAAAAGCUGACACCCUUUUUCCAUUACCUAUACCAGGUACACCUGAUGCAUUUGAUAGAACUUUACUGAUUUUAAAUGUUGAGCAAAUGAAAAAAGAAAACAUUCCAUUACCUAAUGAAUUAUUAAUCGACCAACGUAAAUACUUCAAAAAUCGUUCAGAUUUUGUACCGAGUAAACCCGUAUACCUUCCUGUAUCAGCCAAUAGCCCAAUGUAUGCAAUAGACUGUGAAAUGGUACUUACAUCCGUAGGAAGUGAGUUGGCUCGAGUGACUAUGGUUGAUGAGAAGGCAACAGUUAUGUUCGAUCGUUUAGUGAAACCGCCAAAUCCUGUUAAAGACUAUUUAACUAAAUUCAGUGGAAUUACUAGAGAUAUGCUUGCAUUAAUAGACACUACACUGGAAGAUAUACAGCGUGAAUUAGCUGAAACGUUACCAGGAGAUGCCAUCUUAGUUGGUCAUUCGAUUGGAAAUGAUUUAGAAGCCAUGAAGGUUUUUCAUCCGUAUUUAAUUGAUACAAGUGUCAUCUAUAAUCUGAAAGGCAAUAGAGCGGCUAAAACACGUCUUCGAUUCCUAUCAGAACAUUUUCUUGGACGGAUGAUUCAAACUGGUAAAGGAGGUCAUUCUUCCGCUGAAGAUGCCAUUGCUACAAUGGAUCUUGUACGAUUAAAACUAAGUCAAGAUAUUGGCUUUGGUGAUGUGACUACAUCUUGGCGUUUUCCAGAAGAUUAUCAAUCGCCAAUAGAAGCCAAAUCUGCUAGAUUUGCUGCAUUAACAACUAAUGAACAAAACUCAAACAUCUCUGGUAGUUUACAGCAAUACAACAAUACUACUAACAACAACAACCUUCAAUUUAUUUCAUCAACAUGUAAUGAUUUAUUAACAGAAAGUCAAUAUUUUGAAACUCAUCCAGUUUUUCAAGAUCAUCUAUUAAAAUUAUGUUCAUUUUAUAAAUCUUUGGGUAAACCAAUUCACUUGUUUAAUCGUUUACUACAUGAUUCCGGUAUAACUUAUGCUUAUUGGCCAAUUUAUCAACAAAACGACAAAGAACAACAAAUAGGAGAACAAGAGAGAGAAAAGGAAUCAGUUCAGCAUAUUACUAAUGAUUUAAAACAUAGCGAAAUUUUCAUACCUAUAAAUAUUAAUUCAACUGAUCAUCAAUGGACUACUACUGAUAAUGUAAACACAACAACAACAACCACUACUACCAACAGUGAUGAACCUACAACAACAUUAACUGUAGUCAAUAAGAUUUCGAAAAAAUUAUCAAAUUACAUCGUUGAUUUGUGUAAUUCACAUAGAUUAGUAAUGAUACAGGCGAAUUGUUCACCUGAAUGGGAUAAAGCAAAAUGUUAUCAUAAAGUGUAUAAAUUCUGUACAAAAUUAUAUACAAGUUUAGCAGAAAAUACUUUAAUCGGUAUUAUUUGUACAGGUUCCGAAUUUCAAAAACCAUUAUCUAAAAAACGUACACAUACAAACAUUUUAAAAUCAGCUGCAGGUAAUUUUUAUAUAACACUCAAAUCGAAUAUUGUUAUUCAAACUACAAUUGUUGAUGAUAAUAAUUCUAAAUGA